UAUUUCAAAUAAAACAUAUACUAUUAGGAAUCCCAACUUGCUGGAUGCUAACCAGUUCGCUAUUUACACAACACAGUCAAGGAGUUGAACUCAGGGCUACCGAGAACCAAUCCAGAUAGUGGUAGGGCAGAGGAUUUGAACCAGGGACCUCCAGAUUUCAAAUUCAGUGCCCUAAACCACUCCGCCAUGCAGCCUCCACAUAAUCCUCACUUUUUUUACAGUAUUUUAUAAAGUAAAGGAGCCUGUAGAGGAGUCAGGUGCAUACAGAUAUUUUGAGAAGUGUUGUCCCCAAAUGUGAAAGCAUACACAAAACACUACAAGGUUUAACAUUGGUGAAAUAUACAAUACCUGAUCAUGAGAAACACUAAUUGUAUCAUUCUCAUUUAUCUCUGGUCGGGGUUGUUUGCAAAAUUUUAUACCUGCUGGACAUAUUUUUUUUGUUAUGAGAUUUGGAAGCAUUUUUACUCAGCUGGCAAUAUGCUGUGUGACUAAAAGAGAACAACCUUAAUAUUGUGCCCAAAAUUCCAACUUUGCCUCAAAUCGACUACCCAGUGGAUUUAAAUCUUUUUACUUGUCAUCUUGUUUUCUUACAGUUGGUACCUUUUAUUAUGAAAAUCCAUGACAACUGAAAAAUAGAUUUCAGGGUGUUUGGUAUAAAAGUAUCUUAAUAUUUUCCUUGGCCAGUCUUACAGCUCCUUGACAUUCAGUUUCACAUCAUUGGAUAAUUUAGUGAGAAAGCAAGCCCACUAGUAGAUUUGGAAGACGUUAUUAAUUGAUUCAUUUCGGGUCAUAAGCAGCACUUUCAAUCCAGUUACAGGAGAUAUUGAAACAGAAUCAUUUCAGUUUAAACAGCUGUCAGUAUAAAGUAAACAGGCUGAUGUGACAUACAAUUAGCUGUAGAAGAAAGGGGUCUCUGGAGUGGAAAAAAAACUGAUUUUAUAACAUUGAAACCUUUUCCCAUAUUUUGAAAGGGGAGCAGUGAACUUUUCGUGACUUGGGUAUUUUUAGGAGUAAUUUUUAGACUUGAUAUGUCUUGUUCAAAAUUUCCUUUUUGACACCGCACCCCCACCCCUCACCAGAACAAGCGGAAGUAUCUUGUGUGAUGCAUUUGUGAUUUCAAACAGCGGACGUGACUAAGGACCAAACAAAACAAAACUCGUUUUAAAUAAUAAAACCAGAACAAUAGGGCUUGAGAAAGAGGUUUAACGGACGCAGUAGUACUUCCCGCGCCGUGUCUUCAAUGAGAACAUCCCGUUUCACUGGUUCAGGCCAACUGGCGCGUGAUUUUGCGCAAUUUCGUCUAAAAUUAGACGAGUUCAAAGAAAUCCGAAAUCUCAGUUUCUUUUCUUGAAAUAUUUUUGGUUUUCGAAAAUAUUCAUACCCUAGUUUGUUCAGUUUUCCACUGACUUGAUUUGCUGUUACUUUCUAACAAAAUGUUGCUUUUGCCUCGGGUUUUGGCCUAAUUGAAUUUGGGGGUUUUCUCUGCGCUACACGUGCUCCCGUUAUGGUAUUGCGUGACUUUCAGGCACGCAUGGACGCUCGAUCAUAACAAUUUCAAAUAUUGAUCGCAGUUACUACUUUUCCAUACAACUUGUAAGUCUUUGUUACUAGAGCUUGAAGAAGAAAAAACUGUAAACACCUUCACUUGGCAAUUUAUUCAUGUUUUUACCGGAACAACGUGCGAAAAUGCAGGCGCGAAACUUGAAUUAAGCGAGAAACGAAAACUUGGCUAAACCAGUCUGACGUGGUUAACGUGGACUAAACCAGACCGAUGAGCGCCGCAUUUUCCUGCAUUCCCAGUGGAAGCUUUCCACAGAAACGACUUGCGUUUUUGCUCUACGUUCUUCAUAAAGACCGUUCACUGUAUCCUUACGAGAGGCAAGGCGGUUAAGAUCGAGUCAGAAAACAAAGAAAUGGAAAAGGACAGCUUGGAGACGAACACGUUUCCACUUUCAACGCUCCCGUGUACUACAAGCUCAGGAAUUUUGGCGAGCACAGUGAUAAAAGAACCCGAUUUGGUGACAAUUAUCGAAGGCUUGCCGUUGACGAAAGAACAGAUCGAAGAAGAACAAGAUCUUUUAGAGGAAGCUGAGGACGAAUGCGAACCAAACGAAAACACUCCUCUAAUUCGUUCGAACGAGACGUUUGAGAAAAGUGGUUCCAGCUUCUUCACGCACAACAGUAAAAGUUUCACAACAACUUUCACAACAAGUCAAACAUCUCUAUUCAUUCCUUCGUUCCAGUUCUCGUUAUAUUCUAGUGUAGUGUCAAUCUCAAGGUCUCUAAAUCAACGAUCUGUAGCGAUCUCAAUUCCCGACAGAAGUGGACAAAACGGCGAAAGUUCGAAAUCGAAAAGCACAACAGUGACUUUGUUCGAGAAGUUAUCAGAAGAUGGCCAAGCAUCGACCAUACUUGCUUUGUGGAACAUUGUCAACAUGAUUCUGGCUAGCAGUAGCGUUGUAGCGAUGCCUUAUGCAGUCUCUCUUGGAGGUUUCGCCGCCUUGUUUCUCAUUCUGGCGAUCGGAUUCUUCGACGACAUCACAUCAGUGCUACUGGUGGACUGCCUCUACGAAAUUUCCCCGAAGAGCCGGCUUCGCAAACGAGUAAGGGCGAGCUUUGCCGAGAUUGCCGCGGACGUUUGGGGGCCAAUGGGUGGUCGGCUUGUUGAUUUCAUCACUGUGGGGCUCUCCUACUGCUGCUGUGUGCUAAUGGUGAUGAUGAUGGGGAGCAGUAUGAUGGACCUGUUCAGUAACCUGGUUGUGCUGUCCAUUCAAGAAUGGUGCUUGCUGUGUGCGCUAGCCAUGCUUCCCACAGUUUUUAUCAAGCGACUGUCAAUUAUGGCCUGGUUAAGUAUGCUAGCAGUUUUGGCAGUAUUUAUCAUAGUUUUUAUUCUGUUAGGCUUUUAUUUAGGAGGAUCAAACUCCUGGGCUGUGCAGAACAUCCCCUCCUUUAAUCUAAACAAAUUUCCCAUAAGUCUGGGCAUCAUUUUGUUUUCAUACUGUGGCCAUACAGUAUUUCCUGGUAUUGAGGGCUCUAUGCAGGAACCCAAAAAAUACAAAAAGGUCUCCCAUGGAGCAUUUAGUUCUGUAACAACAAUAAAAUUUUUGGUGGGGCUCUUUGGGUGCCUUACCUUUGGAAGCAGCACUCAGUCGAUUGCAAUCUUAAAUCUUAGUUCUUCACAUGGUUCCAUCUUAAGUAAAAUAGCAACAUUCCUGGUUAUUGUAAAUGUGUACUUUUCAUACCCUCUCAACAUGUUUGUUGUAGGUGGGACUUUAGAUAUAGUUCUGUUACCAAAGUUUCCAAUCUUCUACAAGGAUAAGCGUUAUAAUUACCUGUGGGUUUUGGCAACACGUACCACUCUGGUCCUUUCUACAUUAGGUAUUGCUUUGGCUGUCCCUCAUUUUGGACUUCUUAUGAGCAUAUUUGGAAGUUUGUUUGGAGCUUGCAUAACUUUGAUUUUUCCUUGUCUCUUCCAUUUGCAACUCAAAUGGAAUAAAUUAAGGUGGUGUAGCAAAGUUUUAGAGAUGUUUAUAGUGUUAUUUGGGAUAGGUGCAGGCAUCUUAGGUUUAAUUUAUUCUUCUAUUGCUCUUAAAGAUGCUUUAAACUGACUUUUGUUCUUUACAAAAAGACAGUUUCUUUCUUAUGAAGCACUUCAAGUUUAAAUAGAAGCAUCAAGAUGAUUAAAAUUCUGGUCAAAUGUAACUUUUUCUGUCCCAAGGGUUCAAAACAAUGAGUUCACCUUUCUGAUUGCCACAUAUUUUUUAACUUUAAUGUUGGUUCUGAGAAUUGGUGGCAAAUCAAUAAAAAGUUAGAUGCUAUUUAAGGUUAUUGAUUUUAUUCAAACUCAUCAAUACUGCGAGGGGAUUGACUUUCAUCACCCUUGGAGCUUGAAGAGUUCCAGUUGACUUAAAAGACUUGAUGUUAUUGAGUUACGUACAUUAAGUAAUGUUUAGUUCAUUUUGUAUUAAACAGAGAAUUAAUAGAGGUGAAGAAAUGGUGACUAUCUUAUGAAUCUCAAGAAAUUUACAGUUUUUUUUUUGGUUUUGAUGCCUCAGCAUUUUGAAAACAAGGUCUGAGACAAAUUGUGUUGGAAAUAUUCAAUAAGCACUGUUAUAUUUAGUAGGAAAAAAAUAAAAAAGUCAAGAGAUUCUUAAGGUAUCUCAGUGGUUUGCAAAUAUCAGUAUUUCUACACCUAGAAAUUUUAAAUGAAAAAUAAGUUGUGUGCACAAGCUUAAAGGAUGCUUAUGAAGGAUGACUUGCUUACUACAGACAGUACAGGAGACUGUUAAAUUUGUAUGCUAGCUGUAAAAUUUUUGCCAUUUUUUAAUUUAUUGUAAGAUCCAUUGUAAAUGUGGAAGGUGCUGCAUAACCCUUUUUAGCCCAAGAAAAAAGGUUUUGUCGGAAAGUCUUUGGAGAUAUGUUGAUGGUAAAUCAAUAUUUCACCUAGUUUGCUUUAUCCCCAUAGCUAAUGUCAAUGACUGGGUAAAUAUGUUUAUGUUACUUUUAAAAGCAAAUAUUGGAUCAAGAAGAUUCUUGGGCAUUUACGGUUAUUUCAGCAUUAUCAAUGGACAUGACUUUGAACUAGAUUGGAACUGGGUCAGAAAUACUCGAGAAAUGUAUAUUUGAUGUAAUUAUAGAUUAUACUUCAAUGUUUGAAAAUAUAGAUCUAUUUUUCAUUGGGUAAUAUAUAUUUCCUGUUUAUAUAAUGAAUGUACAUUAUUAAGCGCGACAUUAUUUUGUUAUUAAAAUUUUUCAAGGUUCA